UGAAACCCGCAGCGAUUGCUGCCUAGAUCCGAUAGCUCUCAUCAAUUGGUCCGACGUCUGUCACUCAGCCGGAGUAGUGUUGUCCGUGGUUGAUAUAUUAUAAAUAUUUGGACACUCGGCCGGAGUCCGCUCAUUUGCGAUCAUGGACUUCUUUGCGACAGGCGGAUUCCAGCAGCUUUACAGCGAUCUGGACGAGGAGCCACUGGCCGGCGGCGAUGCCCUACUGAAUAAUGCCAGUUUGGUGGACUUUGGCUGCUCCCACGCUGAUGUGGACACCAACUGUCAUCGUCUGGAGGAGUCGGACUACUAUGGCAUCAUCACGCUGGACAGCAAUAACAAUAACAAUGGUGGUGGCAUGCAUGUCCAGGAGGAAGAUCCCUCGCUGUUCAUAGACUUCAACGACCUGACCGCCGUUUGUCCGCCGGACUUGAGUGACUGGGAGCAGCGGCUAUUGGAUAACUACGUGGAGAUUCCGGAGCUGGUGGACUUUUUGCCGGAGCGUACACCCCUGUGCACGGACAACUGUGCGGAUUUUCUGGAGGAGAGCAGUAGUAAUCUGCGGUUGGCGGGACCACCACCCGAGAUUUUGGGACCACUGGGCAGUCCCGGGAGUCCGAUGAGUCCGAUGAGUCCGGCUGCUCCUCCUGCAACUCCCGCCUUCCAGAUGAGUGAAAAUUCUGCCGGCGAGCGGGGCUACCUGUGCACCUUUGGCAACUGCGACAAGAUCUAUGCCAAGCCCGCUCACUUGAAGGCCCAUUUGAGAAGGCACUUGGGCGAGAAGCCCUAUGUCUGCAGCUGGCCCGACUGCGUUUGGCGAUUCUCGCGCUCCGAUGAGCUGGCCCGCCACAAACGGUCCCAUUCGGGGGUCAAGCCCUACAAAUGUGACUACUGUUCCAAGUGCUUUGCCCGGUCGGAUCACCUCACGAAACAUCGAAAGGUCCACGAACGGCGUCUCUUGGCCGCCUCCCGCGCAGGAAGGCUCAUUUCCGACGACUUUUAUGCCGUGCGACCCGGUCGAAAGCGCAAAAAUCAACUAUAAAUAUACAUGCUAUUCACAAAUGGAUAAUCGGAAAAAUGCAGCUUUAACUUUUUUUGUACUUAGAAAAUUUAACUAGGAUAGUCCAUUACUUUUUUUUGGUUUAAUAUUUAGUCAAAUGUAAACUUGGAAAAAAAAUGUUCAAGACUUUUUUUUAAUAGAAUGGUGAUAACAGUCACUCGACUAAUAC